AUGGAGACACGCAGCGCGUUAGCGCACGAAGGCUACGCCGUAGGAUGGAUCUGUGCUCUGCCGAUGGAGAUGGCGGCCAGUCAGGCUCUCUUAGACGAGCGGCACCCCGUCCUUGCACAGAACCACAAUGAUCACAACUCCUAUACGUUGGGUCGAAUUGGCGUACACAAUGUUGUCAUGACAUGCUUACCAAGAGGCGGAACCGGAACCGUAUCCGCAGCCAUCGUGGCCACCGAGAUGGCUUCCAGCUUUAGAAACUUGCAGUUCGUUCUGCUUGUGGGUGUGGGUGUGGGUGUCCUAGGAGCUGAGUGUGACAUUCGGCUCGGGGACGUGGUAGUCAGCCAUACAGGACCGAAUCAUGGCGGCGUUGUGCAGUUCGACUUCGGAAAGGCAAUGCAAGAUGGCAAGUUUGUGCCCACCAACAUGUUGGACAGGCCACCACGUAUCCUCCUUGCGGCUGUCUCACAGUCCGCUCCAAUCACGCCCGGGGCGAGUCUGCGCUCUCGGGCUACCUCCAACAAAUCCUCGGGAAAUCAGGUAAUGCGGCACGCAAUGACGAGAGAUCGCCUCAGAGAUGAAAUAAGCAUGGCAUGUUUCGAAAUGGGGGCUGCAGGAUUGAUGGGCCAAUUGCCUUGUUUGGUCAUACGUGGAAUCUGUGACUACGCCGACUCACACAAGAACAAGACGUGGCAGUCAUAUGCCUCUGCAGUCGUUGCAUCAUAUGCCAGAGAACUUCUCAGCAUAAUCCCAAACUCGACAGACGCCCACCCACAGGUUCGCACCAAUACAUUUGGUUCAGAGUCACUUAAAUGGAGAGGGAAACAAUGCGAGAACAAACAAGAUGAUGGAAGAAAAUAUGAUCCCUUGCAGUCACCAGAAGUUGUCUCAAGCUUCCUUCCUGGGCUCGUCAGCCGCUUUCAAGGCUGUAUCCAGAGUUUCCCUGAACUAUUUCUCCCCCAGGAUGCCUCGCCGCCGUUUAGGCUGACCUGGGAGAAACUAGAACUCGAAAAGGUCCUGCUUCUUCAAUGGGCAGCCAGGGUUCAUCUUCUUGAUGAUCGGUAG